AUGGAUUUCUUAUCGAGCUUGGCUAAAGGCGGGGACCACCAGCCCAAGCCCAAUUCUGAUCAGCCCAACAACCCCGACCACAAGCCCACCUCAAACUCCGAUCUCCUCGCUAGCGCCAGGCUCGUCGCUGAGGCGGCCCAGGCCCAAUUCCGCCACGAGCCCGAGAAGUACGACAAGAACAAAGUCGCCGGCGCCGCCGCUGACCUACUCCAGGCCGCCUCCGACUACGGCAAGCUGGACGAGACCAAAGGCGCCGGAAAAUACAUCGACCAGGCUGAGAGCUACCUCCGCAAGUACAGCACCUCCAGCCCCUCCGCCGCCGGCGAGCACAAACCCGCCGCCGAUGCUGAAACUGCUCCCGCUGAGGAGAGUGCUGAGAGCGAGAAGCCGUCCGCCGGCGGCGGUGGGGAUUAUUUGAAGAUGGCAGAGGGUCUCCUGAACAAGCCUUCGACCGCCGGCGAGAAGUCGGAAAGUGGAUAUGGUGAUCUGAUGAAGAUGGCCGGCGGUUUCUUGAAUAAAUAG